GAAACCUGGGCAGAGAGAAUAGGCCGGACUGCUGUUACGCGCUUGCGCAGGAGAAAACUGAGGGGCCCAGGCGCUGUGACCCGCCUGGCUUGGGCAAUUGAGCCAAGAUGCAGGACCCCAACGCAGACACUGAGUGGAAUGACAUCUUACGCAAAAAGGGCAUCUUGCCCUCGAAGAAAAGUUUGAGUGAACUGGAAAAGGAGGCGGAAGAGGAAGAACAGCGAGUCCUUCAGCAGUCAGUUGUGAAAACUUAUGAAGAUAUGACUUUGGAAGAAUUGGAGGAUAAUGAAGAUGAAUUUAAUGAGGAAGAUGAACGAGCUAUUGAAAUGUACAGGCAGCAGAGACUGGCUGAGUGGAAAGCAACUCAGCUGAAGAGUAAAUUUGGAGAAGUUUUGGAGAUCUCAGGAAAGGAUUAUGUUCAGGAAGUGACCAAAGCUGGAGAGGGCUUGUGGGUGAUCUUGCACCUUUACAAACAAGGGAUUCCCCUCUGUGCCCUGAUAAAUCAGCACUUGAGUGGACUGGCCAGGAAGUUUCCCGAUGUCAAGUUUAUCAAAGCCAUUUCAACAACCUGCAUACCCAACUAUCCUGAUCGGAAUCUGCCCACAAUAUUUGUUUAUCUUGAAGGUGAUAUCAAGGCUCAGUUUAUUGGACCCCUGGUGUUUGGUGGCAUGAACCUGACGAGAGAUGACUUGGAGUGGAAACUGGCUGAGUCUGGAGCAAUCAAGACGGACCUGGAGGAAAACCCUAAGAAACCCAUCCCAGACGCCCUGCUGUCCUCGGUGCGGUGCUCCGCCCCCAGGAGCAGGGGCAGCGACUCUGAAGAGGAAGACUGAGUGAGGCCAAGCCGGCUGGGUAGCAGGCUGAACUUCCUCAUGUCACAGAGCGUCUGGAUUCUUUUAAAAAGGAAAAAGUAGGAAUGAAUCCUAUGGUUUUUAGACUUUUAUAAUUAUGUUUCAAAUCUCAUAGAUCUCAGAAAUAUCAUUUCUGGGAGUCCUAUUGAAUUUCUUAGAACUUUUUAAAUUAAUAUUUUCUUAAAAUAAAAACCAAUUGUUGGUAUGGCAAAUGUCUCCAUUUUCC